AUGGCGUCUAGGAGCUACUUCUACGUUGGGGGCCGAUAUGAAGAUUCGGUGAGCUCAAAGUGUAGCUACUCUGGAAGGGUGAUGACCGGGCAGAUGUAUGUGGAGAAAAUAGUCCCACAGUCUGGUAGUUGGGGGCAGCCAGCCAAGCAGCAGUACCCCAUCGUCUUCAUGACCGGCGGUUCUCAAACUGCAACGAAUUGGCUGAACACUCCAGAUGGGCGAGCAGGUUGGGCUUCGUACUUCCUCUCCAAAGGGUACAUAGUCUACCUCGUAGACCAGCCGCAAAGAGGCCGUUCACCUUGGGUUCCUACCGAUGGCACAGUCUCGAUAACAAACGUAACUUUUGUCCAGAACUUCUUCACCUCCGGCCAGAAAGCGAAGCUGUGGCCUCAAGCGCAUCUCCACACCCAGUGGCCUGGGUCUGGUGAGCCUGGUGACUCAAGUUUUGACGCCUUUUACGCUGGCGAAAUUCAGCAACAAACGAAUUCGACCAAGGUCGCUGAGAACAAUAUCAACGCAUUCGUGGCUCUUUUGGACCUAAUCGGGGAUGCCAUACUAAUAUCCCAUUCUCAAGCAGGACCACAUGGAUGGGGCGUCGGUGACAGGCGGCCUGAUAAUGUCAAGGCUAUCAUUGCUCUUGAACCAGAGGGACCACCAUUUGAGAACCAAAUUAUUGGUGGUGGGCCAGCACGCCCAUACGGUCUAACCACACUACCUCUUACAUACUCGCCUGCGGUGAAAAAUCCCGCACUCGAUUUCAAGACGGAGCGUGUGAAGGCCAAGAGUAAAGAUGUUAGUGAUUGUGUUCUGCAAAAAGAGCCCGCCCGGAAACUCGUCAAUCUAUCCAAAUUUCCUGUUCUCUUGUACGUGACGGAGGCUAGCUACCAUGCAUACUAUGACCAUUGUACCUUGGCGUACAUGCAGCAGGCCGGUAUGGAUGUCGAUUAUCUGAAACUACCGGAGGUUGGUAUUAUGGGCAACGCUCAUUUCAGUUUUAUGGAGAAGAACAAUAUGCAAAUUGCCCCUCUAUUGGACGCCUGGAUCAGGAAAGUGGUUAGAGAGUAA